GCCGCAGACUUGCAUCGGCGAUAUUGCCUCUCGACCAUCUUGCCCAGGACAACCUCCAAGCACUCCUCGCUCGGAUGCCAUGCUGGCUGGUAUCAUCUGGUACCGCCGGAUGCCCUGGGUCAGCGCACCCGCCUCCCAGCCCACGGCGCAGCGCUGUGCGAUCUCGGCCAUGCGAUCUCGGCCAUGCGAUCUCUGCCUCCCCGCAGGCAGCCCGCCGAUUCGUCCCGCGUCCCGGCCCAUAUCCCGGAUUCGCUCCGCGGAAAAUGCAGAAAUAGUGCAAGCUGGGACUCUGGCAUCUCCACCAGCACCAGCACCAGCACCAGCAUCUCCACCAGCACCAGCACCCGCUCCCCGCUCCCUCGGUCGACUCGUCCGUCCCACCGGCAUCCGUUCGCUGUCUGAUGCGUUCGCUCCUCCGAUCCGUCGUCGCUGGCCCCCGCUGGCCCUCUUCGCUGGGUGCGCUCUGGAGCCAGCGUGCUCGCCUCAGCACCCACAGCCAGCCCGAAGGCUUUGUCGGAUCGGCCUCGUCCAACAGCAAGCAUCUGAUCUUGUCAUCGGGGAUCGAUCGCUGGCCCUCCAAGGUCGAGGACACCAACGCCUACAUCGGAUCGCUCUCGUCGCAGCUCAACCUCCUCAAGAUCAAGUUCAGCUGCUCCGAUGCUCGGCCUGCCGCCUCGCCCACCUCGACAGCGCCGCCUGCCGAGCCCGCCUAUGCACUGACGCUCUAUCCGGACCAGAUCUAUUUUCCCUCGGUCGCCCAGUCGCAGAUCCCGCUGCUCCUGCAGCGGCUGGAGUCUGGCAACCCUGUCCAGGGUCUCGACGAAGUCAGCCAGCGUGGCAAAUCGAUCGAUCUCUAUGUCUGCACCCACGGCGAGCGAGACUGUCGCUGUGGCGACCUUGGCCGUCCACUCUUCACCAAGCUCAAGCAGGCUACAGCGACCCGCGCGGAUAUCCGGGUCUUCCAGAUCUCGCACAUCGGCGGCCACAAGUAUGCCGGCAAUGUCAUAGCCUUCCCAUCCGGUGACUGGUACGGUAAUCUCACCAGCGAAAAGGCCGACGAGCUGCUAGCAUCGCUCGAUUCUGGCCGCGAGCUCUGGAGUCACUGGAGAGGCCGCUUGGGGCUUUCGAAAGAACAACAGAUUGAACUGCUCCGUCAAAGCUCGGACUCCUCAAGUGCCCCCAGCUCAUCGCAGGAAGCCCAAGACGCUGGCUCGACAGAUAGCAUCCAAGUGACUUUUGCUACCGGAGGCAAAGACAAGGUGUUCAGCGUGCCUCUGGGCAUGUCCCUCAUGGAAUUUGCAAAGUCCAAGGAGAUCCCGUCGAUCGAAGGUGCCUGUGGUGGCAACCUCGAAUGCGCUACCUGUCAUGUCAUUGUCGAUCCGUCGUUUGUCAGCAAGAUCCCACCGCCGUCCGACAGCGAAGAAGAUAUGCUCGAAUACGCCGUGGGAAGGGCCGAGAACUCGCGUCUUUCGUGCCAGAUCAAGGCGAACAAGGACAUUGACGGGAUCGUCUUCCAUGUCCCAUCUAUGUAAACAGCAUCGACCACGAAUGGGCUGUUGCCCUUGCGAUGUUCACAUAUUGCAAUCGGUGAAGAGUGUUCUGUCUCCAACGACAUUGUCCACACUCCUCGAUCUGGAAUAUACAGGCAUGUCCAUCCAGUGGGUUCCAGUGCCACGGCCAUCA